AUGGAUAGCAGAGACAGCCAAGAAAACGAGCACUUUCUGCGGCAUAACGAGCACGAUGAGAAUUUGUCUUGGAACGGUGAGCAUCUUGCACUUCGAAAGCAGCGUUUUGUUCUCUCUUCAGAGAGCCCAUAUGCAGGCCUGCCCAGCAACGACACCGAUCGUGCAUGGACGGAACUGCUCGAUCAUAUCAACCUACGUGUAUCUGACAGAGAGCUUGCGUCCUCGAACCAGACUUCGGUUAAGCUUCCUAACGGGCAGGGUUCUUUGGUCUGGAUGGAUGUGAGCCACCAAUUACACUGUGUAAAAUACCUCCGCCAGUGGAUCUACCGUGACCACUAUCAUCCAGAAGUCGGCCCCGAUGAGACACCACACUGGCUUUUACACACUGACCAUUGCCUGGACCUGAUCCGCCAGGCUUUGAUGUGUCGUGCAGACACGUCAUUAAUGACCUUUCACUGGGCGGCAGGCAGAAGAGAGCCCAUGCUAAAGUUGGAGUCGCCCGAACAUGUAUGUGUGAACUGGGAGGACCUGAUGCAAAAGGUGGAGUCGCAUCGGGUCAGCGACACUGAAAUGGCAGUGCUAAGAAAUCCAAGCCUAGUGCCAGACACUCACUUGCCUCGAGAUGUGCCAAUCAAGUACAACUCUCAGUCGGCCUUUGGCUUGGGGAGUACUACCGAAGAGCAGCGAGCAAUCGCAUGGGAAAGCAUGGACUCUAGCUCAGGCGAGAUUAGCCUCGACAAAGAAUGGGCAGACGCACACGAUCUACCAGAGUCGGCACCUUUCUUCUGGGAUGAAGGCCGCCAGGUCUAUCUGUUGAAUGCACACCACAGCCUACACUGCAUGCGGAAGGUCCGCCGCGCCAUCGUGCUGUACAACUACAAUCGGCCGCAGGUAGAUUCGUACACGCACCUGGUGCACUGCAUGGAUCACCUGAUGCAAAACAUUCUUUGCGAAGCUGACGACACACCCUUCUACACGUCGCCAACAUCCAACAUCACUACGGGGCUCGGCCAAACGCGGAUGUGCCGCAGCUGGGAUCGCCUGACGGAAUGGGCCGAGGGGAACACUGCGUGCUUUGCGUACAUCAACGAGACGCAAGGCGUCAAUGCCGUCAUUGAGCGCUUCAGGUACUGUCCGCCGGGCAGCCCACUGCUUAGACCUAUGCGGAAGUACUUUGGUUAUGCGCCGGAUUGGUUCCAGGAGAGACCCGGGGACAUGGAUUCCUUGCCACGGUACUGGGAGGGGCUAGACGAUGACAACGAAGGAGAGGGUGGGGAAGUGAGCCGUGCAGCAACACACUCCGGUCCUGUCGGAGACGCAAAAGUCAUCUACCCUGACCACCGUCGCGCACCACGCGCCUCGAGUUCUGAUGAAGACGCCAAAGUCAUCUACCCCGACUACCGACGCGCACCACGCGCCUCGAGCUCCGAUGAAGAUGCAAAGGUCAUCUACCCUGACUAUUGA